GAGGGGGCUCGCGCGCCUGGGUGCGCGGUGAGCCGGGCAUGGCGGGGCGGCGGGGCCGGCGGGGCUGGGCGCUGCCCACGGCGCUGCUCUGCGCCUACGGGUUCUUGUGCAGCGUGCGGCCCUCCGAGCCUUUCCUCACCCCCUACCUGCUGGGGCCGUACAAAAACCUCUCCGAGACGCAGGUGUUCAACGAGAUUUACCCGGUGUGGACUUACUCCUACCUGGUGCUGCUGUUCCCCGUGUUCCUGGCCACAGACUACCUGCGGUACAAGCCCGUGGUCCUGCUGCAGGGCCUGAGCCUCAUCAUCACCUGGUUCAUGCUGCUGUAUGCCCAGGGGCUGCGAGCCAUCCAGUUUCUUGAGUUCUUCUAUGGGAUGGGGACUGCCACUGACAUUGCCUAUUACUCCUACAUUUACAGCGUCGUCGAUGUCAACCUGUACCAGAAGGUCACCAGCUACUGCCGCAGCGCCACCCUGGUGGGGUACACGGUGGGCUCGGUGUCCGGACAGGUCCUUGUGUCAGUGGCAGAGUGGUCCCUCUUCAGUUUGAACGUUAUCUCCUUAACCAGCAUAUCCGUUGCCUUUGGCACUGCAUGGUUCUUGCCAAUGCCGCAAAAAAGCCUCUUCUUUCACCACGUCCCAAGUCAGCAGCUCGGUUGGGAAAUGAAGGUCAUGGAUUGUAAAAAUGGAUCAGCUGUCCAAGAUCAUCCAAAUGUGCAGAGGACACCUGGCUGGGAGGAUGACACAAAAGUUCCCUUAAAUGGGGAGGUUCGUUCUGCAGAGAAACGGUCUACGCAGGAGCAGAAGGUAGACAUCUUAAAGGUGCUCAAAGAUCUUUGGCAGGACUUCCUGCAGUGCUACUCCUCCCGGACCAUGAUCUGCUGGUCGGUGUGGUGGGCACUGUCCACCUGUGGCUACUUCCAGGUCAUCAACUACGUUCAGGGUCUGUGGGAGAUGGUGCUGCCUUCUUACAGCUCAGAAAUCUACAAUGGCGCCGUGGAGGCAGCCUCAACACUAUUAGGAGCUGUUGCAGUGUUUGUUGUGGGUCACAUAAAAACAUCCUGGGCAACAUGGGGUGAGGUGGCACUUGCCCUCUUCUCCUUUCUUAUCGCUGCUGCUGUAUAUAUCAUGGACACGGUUCAGAACAUCUGGGUAUGCUAUGCAUCAUACGUUGUCUUCAGGAUUAUCUACAUGCUGCUAAUCACAAUAGCAACGUUCCAGAUUGCUACAAAUCUCAGUGUGGAGCGGUACGCCCUGGUGUUUGGGGUCAAUACUUUCACUGCCUUAGCACUUCAAACUCUGCUCACUUUGGUUGUUGUGGAUGCCAGCGGGCUUGGGUUGGACAUCUUCACCCAGUUCAUGAUUUAUGCCUCUUACUUUGCGGCCAUCUCGCUUGUGUUCUUGGGCAGUGGCAUAUACAGUAUUAUCAGAGCUUACAGAAGACGAGAGCAGAUGCAAAGCAGAUCUCCUGAAAGCCAGUAGCACACCAGGUGAAGAUCUCGGUGGCUACCUAUGAAGAUAUAGGUCUGUUUAUUUUAUCUCUGCCUUUUCUUCCCAAGGCAGUCACCUGAAUGGUAUUUGAUCCAUAUUUAUACUAUAUUAGUAGCACAUUUUAGAAGGUAAAUGUAUUAGCUCUUACAUAAGUAAGAACAAAUAUCUUCUUUCUAAAAUGCCUUUUGUUCUUCUGUUGCACAUAUGGGAUGUGCAGCAAAGAACAGAACAUCUUCUUAAAGAAUGAAAGCCUUGGGAGGUUUUAGUCUAAGGCUGGGCAUCUGAAGGCUGCCAUUGAAACGGCAGCUUCAUCAUUGUCUAGUCAACUGCUGCUCUCUGUCACUGAGGUGCUGCUGCAGGGCACAAGUGACACCACACUAACACUAACGGGCCUCUCUGUGGAGAGCCCCAGGCCUAGGACAGGAGGUGGCCUUAGGCCUGUGCUCUGUUGUGUGGCUCUUCUGUGCCUGCCCCAUGAUGCUGGAUGAUCCGUUUUGAGGACUAGAACACUUGUUUCUGCAUACGCACACGGUUCUUGAGUUGCUUCUACUGUUUCUGCUGUUCCUGUCUGUCACCCCUGCUGCCAUAGUUUUACCAAAGCUGAUUAUGGUGCUUUCCCAAAAAACUAAUUGUGUCCUGGGGCAAUUGGCUAUCAGCAGUGCUGCUUGUGCCAUGGAGGCUUGUGCAAGGGUGGUGUAAAGCAAGAGGGGAAGCUUAGAGGGAGAUUAAGUGGACGAAAUGCUAAUCUGAGGACACUUGGACAUCCUUGCUUUUGUCCUUUAGGGCUGCAGAUUCCUGUGAUCACUGGAGUCUCUGCCUCCCAGCCCUGGAGGCUGGGCUAUUUCUCUGGGAUGGCGGAUGUUAGUGCAAUACUGAGAAGGAAGGUAACUUCCAAGAUUUUAAGCUGGUUUUUGUGACUUUAGAGAAGUGUGACUGACUAAAUAAACACCUUCAGUUAUGGUAGUUAGCAGGAUGACUGCCUGAGGCUUUGAAAAAGCUGAGUUCUGGUCUGUCAGUUUUUCCCCUUAUUUUAAAAUGCCUUUAUGCUUCUGGUGGGUCUCUGUCCACUAGAUCUACCUCUUUCCACCUAAGCAGGACAAUGAAUAUUUGAAGCGGGCAGUUGUUUUAUUUUAUUUUGUCCAGUCUAAGCAAUUUGGGAUUUGCCUUUUACUUGGUUUUUAAGAAUUAUUUAUUUUUUCCAAAUUGCUUCAGCACUGAGAAGUAGUUGCACAGAGUUGUCCUGGGCCCGGGCACCUGGGUACUCGGGCUCCAUAACAGGUACAGCAACAGAUGUCUGUGGUAUACUGUGGAAAUGGCCUGUGGACUGUCCCUGCUGCAGUGCAGGUUGUGGUGAUUGUAAGCAUACAGGAGGACUGGCAAGGGAGAAGAUGCAAUGCAGCGUGCUUCCCUCCAUGCUUUCUCUCUGUGCGCUGCUUAGAGCUUCUUCCAGUCAAAGCCUGAAGAAGCAGCUUCAGUUCAUCACUUCCUUUUAGUGCUGCGGAGGCUUCACAGUAUUGGGGUUGGGAAGGCUUCUCUUCCCUGGCUAGGAUGGGUAUGGCCUUUGUCAUCGCUUCAGUGAGCCUCAGCCUUUACCACACAAGGUAAAGGAUUAACGUGUUUGGGAUGUGCUGCCUGGGUUGUGGGGAGCCCUUCCAGGCUGGUUGCUCAGGGGAACCCACUCCCUAAAGCUUCUCUGUGUUUGCAACCUGCCUCCUAAAUCAUCCCCUUAAAUGCAAGGGCUCGGCUGCACCGGCAUUGACACAUGUAAUCAUCACUGCCUUAUGCUGAAAUGGAAACUUGAACCCACCGGUGUAAUAUUUUCAUUACUGUUUCUUUGUUCUUAAAACAAUGAAAUCUGAAGCUAUGAAAUGCCAGCUGACGAGUUGUCCUGGGAGAGGGACAGUAAGUGCGUACCUUGCAUAUCCUGUCCUUUGGGUUCCUUGAUCUGACAGUUGUACAAAGGUAUGAGGAGUGGGUGUACAGAACUCAUGUCAAGUGACUGAAAGUAGCAGCUCAUCUUUAACCCCAUUUUUCAUACAGAAACCAAAUCUUUGAUGCAGAACAAGCCAGUUAUUUAAAAACGAGUCAAAAACAAACUAAUGAAUUACAGCAAUAACAAUGAUUUUCCUACCAAAGUAAUGAAACUGCGGCAGCUGCAAUGGAGGCGUGCUGUGCUGCGUUUAUCUCUGGGCCUAUUAAUGUAUGGAAGCCACACCUGGAUGUCAUUCAGGUUCCUGUGCUGUUGCUGUGGUGAUGAGGUGACUAUAGAGCCUAGCAGGAGCUGCACACAGAGCUACUGAUGCCUGUGAAGUUCUGUAAACAUGUUGACAUUGUUGGUUUCAAAGUGAAUAGCUAUUUUUGU